UAGACUUAAAUUUUUCGGCAAAUAUGAAAAGCUCUAAAAGUUCUGUGUUGCCCAGUAGUGCUUAUAUUUUCAUGUCAUUUCGUAAUUUCAUAUGAAUGUAAAAAAAAUUAUAAACAAAAUACGAAAAUGUUUAAAGGUGACAGAUUUGUGGCGAUUGUGAUAGUUUUGGUGUUUUGCGCGAAGACUUUCUUUAUGUCCUUCUUUGCUCUAAAUCAAUAUCCGCGUUCGUAUUACCUAAAAGUGCAGAUUAGUGCUUAUGCAGAACCUACGACAUAUUUAUGGUUCACUUUCAUUUCGAAUUUGACCGCUUUCAUGGCAGGUUUUUUCCUCUUCGCAGGACUCUGUGAGAAUUUAUAUUCUUUCUUUUUGCCCGCUUUUGCCGUUAUUGUAUGCUACAUUGUGGGCGAUUUAUUCCUUCAUUGCCUUUUUGUAUUCAUCACUACUGAAUUUCAUUUGCUUAUGAUUGUCAAUUUUUGCUGCACGAUUGUGUUUGCUGGCUGCAUGUACUUUAUCCAUAGAUGCUCUAAAGAUUUCUAUCAACUCAGUCCUACUCAAGAAAUGCCGCGAACGACAUCUGUAAGCAACUAAGCUGUGGCUAAAGAUGGAUUUUUAAAGCAAAUACAGUAAUUGAAAAUGUGUAGAAAAACUAAAAACUAAACAUUAAAAAAUGGAAAAUAUGUCUAAACUCUGUUUUAUAUCAUAAAGAAUUCACAGUAAAUGAAUUAUU